ACCGGUGUAAAGAAGAUGGUGCUCAUCAAGGAAUAUCGUGUGGUCUUGCCAUGCUCGGUGGAAGAGUAUCAAGUCGGGCAGCUUUUCUCGGUGGCUGAGGCCAGUAAAAACGAGACGGGUGGCGGAGAGGGCAUUGAAGUGCUGAAGAACGAACCGUACGAGGAAGAUGGCGAGAAGGGACAAUACACACACAAAAUUUACCACUUAAAGAGUAAAGUGCCAGGCUUUGUGAAGAUGAUCGCACCAGAGGGGGCGUUAGUUUUCCACGAAAAGGCCUGGAAUGCUUAUCCAUACUGCCGCACGAUUGUGACUAACGAAUACAUGAAAGAUGAUUUCAUGAUUAAAAUAGAAACGUGGCACAAACCUGACACGGGCUCUUUAGAGAAUGUACAUGAUCUGGACCCAACCACAUGGAAGACAGUGGAGGUCGUGCAUAUCGAUAUAGCUGAUCGGUCUCAGGUUGAACCUGCAGAUUAUAAACAAGACGAGGACCCAGCAAUCUUUCAAUCAGAGAAAACCGGCCGAGGACCUUUAGGACCGGACUGGAAAAAAGAGCUCUUGGCCAAGCCAGACGCCCCUCGUAUGUGUGCGUACAAACUAGUCACUGUCAAGUUCAAGUGGUGGGGCCUUCAAACCAAAAUAGAAAACUUCAUCCACAAGCAAGAGAAGAGAAUCUUCACCAACUUCCACCGUCAGCUCUUCUGUUGGAUUGACAGCUGGGUGGAGCUCACCAUGGCAGACAUCCGCAGGAUGGAGGAGCAGACGCAGCGAGAGCUGGAAGAGAUGCGUCAAAAGGGAUCCGUACGAGGCACGACGGCAGCCGAUGAGUAGCCGAAUCCUUUUUAGUAACACAAGGCAGGUGGAGAGACUCCCUUCGUAAAACUGGUCAGGUUCGAGGCACCAGUGCUGCUCACGAACAAUGAGGCAAAACUACAAGAAUCCAACCACGAUGACGCUUGACGAAAGACAUCAACGCAUCCACCAAAGCGGCCAGCGCCGCCGCCGCCGCCGUCCUCCACCAGACAGCAGAAUGACACAAUGAUCAGUAGUACUGGACAGGGUGGACACUCUUGUGCGCUGGACAACUCUUGACCUGUUUUCUAGAUUCAGGCAGGUUGAUCCAGUGACGAUUACCACUUUGUUAGGACGUUUAGACAUGUCAGAGUAUUGCUGUAUGGUUGUGUUAUUCUAUUUCAGAAAAAAAAAAA